GUGGAACUCUCGCGUGACAACAGGCAACGCCGCCCGUGACUGACUUGACAAACACUCCUCGCAUUCGUACCACUGCUGUCGUACUAAACUUUAAAUUAUCAUUUAUCUUUUUCCUUAUUUAUCCAAUAAUUGGAAAAAAUACAUAAUUAAUAAAAUUUUUAUCUCAUCGUAAAAAUUUCAUUGAGCAUAUCGUCUAUAAUAACCUACAUCUUUAUCGUUAUUCAAAAAAUUGUCGGAGAUUCCGUUGUGCUUUGAUCCUGGUGGUUCCGUCACUUAAUUCAAAAUGGCCGCCCCGCGGAAAUUUGCCUUGUGAAUAAAAACGUAAAAAAACUCCAUAGCGACGUUUCUUUUUUUUUCCUCUUCUGUCAAGUGCAAUAACAUUUCAAGAAUUUCCACAAUGAGUGUAACGUUACAUACCGACGUUGGAGACAUAAAAAUCGAAUGUUUUUGCGAAUUGUGCCCUAAAACUUGCGAGAAUUUUCUUGCACUCUGCGCUAGUGAUUAUUACAAUGGUUGUUUAUUUCAUCGAAAUAUCAAAGGCUUCAUUGUACAAACUGGUGAUCCAACUCAGACGGGAAAAGGGGGCAAUUCCAUUUGGAAUCGCAAGUUCGAAGAUGAAUUUAAAGAGGAAUUGAAACAUACGACCAGAGGACUCGUUUCUAUGGCAAAUAAUGGACCGAAUACAAAUGGAAGUCAAUUUUUCAUCACUUAUGGACCGCAAGCUCAUUUGGAUUUGAAAUAUACCUUGUUUGGAAAAGUGAUCGAUGGUCUGGACACGCUAGAGCAGCUAGAGAAGUUACCUGUGAAUCCUAAAAAUUACAAACCACUCACAGAGACGAGAAUAAACAGUGUAACAAUCCAUGCCAACCCUUUGGCAGGGUGAUUUCUUAUAGAAGUAGGUUUUUAAACGUCUAUUUAAAGUAACAAAAAGUACAAAACUUAUAUACCGACUCGUAGUGAACAUAAAAUAAUUCUUCGGUUUCUUAUUUCUUACAAUUAAGCAUUUCCAUCUUUAGGAUUAUCAUUUUUCAUCGUUUGAAGUAUUGACCCUGUAUACGAUUGUCCUCCGGGUCAAAAGGACUGUUCAGAAAGACUUGGGCUGGGUACUUCUUUCCCAUUAUUUCAAUCUCGUAAUUCCCUGAUUCUAUGAACGAGUUUGUUACAUUUUCACCUUCCGGAUGAGUUAUGAACCUGUAAAUAUAAAAUGAAAUGAGAGAAUUUUUUUCUUCAUAUUUUGAGAAUAAAGUUGGAGAAGUGUUUUUUUUUCGUA